ACAUUUGUUAUCACUUGGAGUCAUUUGAUAUUAUUUGCGUUCAUAGUUUACACACUUCAUACUGUGUUUACAGAAAAGACAAUAAACGUUUAAGGAUCUCAGCCCGAAACACACAAAUAAAGAUAUAAUAAAAUGGAUUGGAUGGAUACCUUUUCGUUACCAAUGUCUCCCUUACUGCUCUCAAUAGUGCUGAUAAUCGUAAUGUACAUUAUCACUACUCAGUAUUGUGGACAAAUAAAAGUGAAACAAGUUCAAUUCACCGACAAUCAGUCUGUGAUAAUUGACGAAAAGGUAACCAUUGAUUUUUUCAUACUAAAAAGCAAGUAAAUCAUGAGAUUUCUAUUCAAUUAAACGAACCUUAUUCCUUGUUGAAACAUCACUUAAAAAUGAUGCAAAUCUGAGAAUAAUAAAACGCUUCUAUUUUAUUGAUCUAGCUAAACUCCGGUAUUACGCUACUGUUGUUUUGUUGAUAUUUUCAAAUUUAUUUCGUGUUUGGGAGGAAACCAGUGAAAAUUUAAUAAUUGCAAGACAAGUACAUUAACAAAGACCAAACGAAUGUCAAAAAUAGUAAAAGAACAAACGCAUUCCCGCCUUCCGAAUGAGUUGGUACUUAUUGAAUGUUACUACAUUUCUACGACUUAGAUAAGAUGUGUCGUAAUUUUCAGGUUGUAAUGUGUUUAUCAAAUAAAAUGUCUAAGAUAUAAUUUAAAAUACUCAUUAUAGUUUGCAUGGAAUUUUAUUUUAUAGGGGUUCAAUCUGUAACAUCUAGAUUUUAAAUUUUUUCAUCAAAAAGACGUGGCAUGGUUUCAUAUAUAUGUAUGGAUACAUGUACAAAAAUGUCCAUUUCUUUGUCACUUCAAAAAUAUUUCUAGUUUUUUUCAUAUAAUCGGUGUUAAUAUUCAGUCAUUUAUGAAGCAAAGUGGUUCACAUAUUUUCAGCAUGUCAAAUCUCAGUAUAAAAAGAUAUUCUUUUUUUGUUAUGACCGAAAACAUUACACUAUUUUAAAAUAACUAGCGUCAAUACUUUAGUAGUUUUUGCUGUGACUGCACGUCGUUAUUUUCAAAAGAAAUAGAAGUUUAUGGAUGUUUUAUCAGAUAGACUAAGAACAUCAUUUCUCGUUACAUAGAGAUAUAUAAAAAAAGGAAUAGCCAAAAAUAUUGUAUAGUUAUGUACUUGAAAAAAUUCUCAACGUUCUUAAAGCCUAAUCUGUCCUGCCAAAUUAUACUGACAUUACGACCUCAGCAUGAAUUUUGAGUUCGGUACUUUGUGCUUGCUUACAACUUAGACUGUUGUACAAAUAAAACAUUUGUGUGAUUUCUAGAACGGUCUUGUAACUGAGAGAUGGGAAGUUAAUUCGAAAUAUGCCGAAACUUUUAGAUUAAAAACUGAAUAGCUCAGGUUAUUAGGAUUCUGUCAAACUACUUGGUAUAAUUAACUUUACACAAAUUAAAUAAAGAAACUAUAAAUUACAUGCAAAAUAAGCUUGUAAUAGCUAAAUAUACUAUAACUGUGUUGUACAUAAACCACGCCACAAAAAUGUAGAAAUGUUUUCAUUUAAAAAUUUAAUAACAAGUCAUAAUUUGUAAUUUCAUCCUAGAGAUGUCAAAAUUUUGAUUAACUAUGAAAACUGGUUGUAUAGUGCCUUGUUUACCGUUUUAUUCUGAAUGACAUUAAGCUACUGAAGACAGGCCUAUGAAGCAAGCUAAGUUUAUCAGAUCUUUGCUAAUAACAAAAAAAUUGAAACUACUUUGGGAACGGUGCUUAAAUUGAAACCAAUUGAUUGUAAACGUGAAGCUGUUAUGAUGAUCUAAAACUACGAUGUUACGAUGUUGUUCUUUAAAGGAUGGAUUUGUCGAUUUGUGUUAGAAUAUUUUUCUUGGCUCGUUUUCCUUAGAAUGAAGAUGCUGCACAAGAUUCGUUUCCUAUUUAUGCCAAACUUUGAUUUUUCAUGCAGGUUUUGAUGUAAAUAUCAACAAAACAUCGUGAUAAAAAUAAGGCUUUUCGUCACAACAGUGUGGUGGACUUUUUAUAUUUUUUUGAUUGAGAUCAUGAACUGAUUGAUGUUAGACCACCGUUGGAAACCUGGAAGCAUGGUAAAUUGAAUGUGUGAGUGAAAAGUUGAUCAAUAUUAAAAUUCCAAAAAGUAGUAUACCAUUAAAUUUGCCAAUGUUUUUCUUUGCUACGUUUUAGACAGGAUUAAGAGCAUCUGUUAGAAAACUCUCUAUUAUCGAUGAUGUGCAACUAAAUUCCCCAUUUGAUAUCUUUAAAACAGGAUUAAGAAAGUCAAAAGAUAAAUGUUGUUUUGGAAUGCGUCAGUCAUUCAGUUCUCCAAUUAAAUGGAUUACUUAUGAAGAGGUUUAUGAGAGAAUUCAACAGUUUGGAUCAGCAUUAACGACACUGAUGGAAGAAAUCUCCAUGAUUAAUUUUAUUGGAAUUUAUGGAAAAAAUUCUCCAAAGUGGGUGAUAGCACAGUUAGCUGGUGCUGCAUACUCGUUUGUUACUGUACCGUUAUACAGUACUUUUGGUGAUGAAGCUAUAGUUCAUGUCAUUAAUGAAACUGAACUAAAAAUUAUUGUCUGUGACACAAUAUCUCAAGCUUGCCAUCUAAACAAAAUCAAUCCACAUAAACUUAAAGUAUUUAUUAUUAUGGAGCCAGACAACACAUUCGAAUCUUUUAAAAAAGAAUGGUCAGAUAAAGUUCGAUUGUUCACAUUUGAAGAGAUGUUGGAAAAAGGAUGUACUAAUCGUUUACCUGAAAAAGUCCCGGAUGAUAACGAUCUAUGCAUGAUAUUAUAUACCAGUGGAUCACUAGGUUUACCCAAAGGAGUUAUGAUAACAAACAAAGCUUAUUUAAAUGCCGCAAAGCUAACUAUUAGCUUGACAGAAGAAAAUCAUUUUUCAACUGAAGAUUUGUCACAUGUUUCAUUCCUGCCUUUAUCACAUACGAUGGAACAGCUAACGAUGAUAUUGGCCAUGUUUUCUGGUGGUCGAAUCGGUUUUCUCACUGAUGGUAUUGAGUCGUUAUUUGAUGAUUUUAGAGAUUUUAAGCCAACGUUUUUUUGUUCCGUUCCAAGACUGCUUGUUCGAUUAUAUAUGAAUUUUUCCAAAAAAGUGCAUUCUAAACCAAUAAUUUGGAAAGUUUGUCAAUACGAAAUAAACAAGAGAAUGGAAGAACAGAAACAUGGAAUAUAUCGGAGGAACGGAAUAAUAGAUUUCCUAUUUUUUCGAGAAUUUCGUGAACUACUGGGUGGUCGAGUAAGAGCUAUUAUUUCAGGUAGCUCUCCAAUAGAUAGAGAUGUUCUUUGCUUCAUUAGAGCUGUUUUGAGUUGUCCUGUUAGUGAAGCAUACGGAUCGACAGAAACACUUGGCUUAGUAUGUAGUACAAUGUUUGAAGAUGUUGAUGCAUAUCAUGUUGGAGCUAUUUCCCCUGGUGUGCAAAUUAAACUAAUAGAUGUUCCGGAAAUGGGUAUAUUCGUAUCCAAAGAUCAAAUGGGAGAGAUAUGCGUUCGAAGUAAAUCUAAUAUGCUUGGUUAUUAUAAAAAUCAAGAAAAAACGGAAGAAGUCCUUGAUUCAGAGGGCUUUGUUCACACGGGGGACGUUGGAGUUUGGUUAAAAAAUGGAGCAUUAAAAAUUGUGGAUCGAACGAAAAACCUAUUCAAAUUAUCACAAGGAGAAUAUGUAGCACCAGAGAAAGUAGAGCAAACCUACUUAUUCUGUAAUCUAAUACAACAUGUGUACGUUGAAGGUCAUUCACUUAAACCUUAUGCAGUAGCAGUGGUUAAACCAAACUUUAGAAGAUUACGCAAGGAAGCAGUAGACAUUAUUAGCAAAUUAGCAACAAAAAAUUCAUCACCUAUUGGAAAAAAGUGUGAGAACAUGAAAGAUGGAGAAUUACUGGAGGAAAUAACCGAUGCUGAAUUAUGCACCAGUAAAGAAAUACGUGAAUUUAUCUUGGAGAGAAUGAACUUAAUUGCUAGAGAAAAAGGUUUAAAAGGAUUUGAACUGGCCCGCAAUAUCUACUUAACACCAGAACCGUUCACAGUAGACAAUGGAUGGUUAACUCCAACAAUGAAACUUGCAAGGAUAAAUCUACGAAAACAUUUUGCAAAUACCAUUAAAAAUCUGUACGAAGAACAGAAAAGCUGUUAAAUACUGAUUGUCAAUAUUUUGACAUAAGGCUAUUUUAUAUUAUGUGGUUUCAUUCACUUAUUUUGACACUACUCAUUUUUACCUUUUUCAAUAACAGAGAACUAUUGUGCUUUAAUUUUGCUCUGUAUUAUUUUCCCGAAAAACUACAUAUAUUUUUGCCAUUAUUUACUGUAGAAACAAGUAUCCAUAACAAUCGUGUAACAACUGCUCUUUCGAAUUGU